AUGCCUGCUAUACAGCGAAACGAUUCUACUGUCUCAUCAGCUUCUACUGUUUGGGGACAUACGAAUGUUACACACUUUAUUGUUCAACAUUCAGAUAAUGCAAAAAUCCGAAAGAUUGUUCAUAUGAACAAAAUUCUGAAUCCAUCAAAUCGUCGAUUAAAGGUUGGUGAUGACUGUACAUUGAAAGGUGACGGUCGUAAUCAUACACGUGUGAAGAUUCUGUUUUGUGAUACUUGUCAACAUCAACUUGAUAUAAUUGGUGAAUCAGAGAUCAACGAUGGUACCGAUCUAUUUUUAUAA